AUGAGCGACCAAGGUCCCCUAUACCUAGGUUUCGACCUCUCCACCCAACAACUCAAGGCCAUCGUCGUCAACUCUGACCUCAAAACAAUUGCGCAAUCCAAGGUCGAUUUCGACGCUGACUUCUUUAAAUAUGGCAUACAGAAGGGCGUCCACGUGCGUUCCUCCACGGGAGAAGUCUACGCCCCAGUGGCCAUGUGGAUGGAAUCGCUGGACCUUGUGCUCGACCGCCUGUCGAGGGAGAUGCCCGUGCCCAUGUCCCGGAUUCGCGGGGUGAGCGGCUCGGGACAGCAGCACGGCAGCGUGUACUGGAAUGACGGGGCCGACGAUAUCCUGAAGGGCUUGGAUGCGGAUAAGACGCUCGUGGAUCAGCUGGCGGGGGCGUUGGCGCAUGAGUGGUCGCCGAAUUGGCAGGACCAGAGCACGCAGAAGGAGUGUGAUGCGUUUGAUGCUGAGUUAGGCGAUAGAGAGAAGUUGGCUGAGGUUACGGGCAGUGGUGCCCAUCACAGAUUCACAGGCACGCAAAUCAUGAGGAUGCGCCGUAUUCGACCAGAGGUGUACGCACAAGCAUCUCGCAUAUCUCUGGUAUCGUCGUGGCUUGCCUCCGUUCUGCUGGGGUCCAUUGCGCCGCUGGAUAUAAGUGAUGUGUGUGGCAUGAAUCUCUGGGAUAUGCAGAACCAGCAGUACAGCCCUGAGCUGCUGGCUCUGGCGGCUGGUAAAGACGGAGCUGAGGAGUUGCGCAAAAAGCUAGGGGAACCGCAAAUGGACGGCGGUACCCCCUUUGGCAAGAUAUCACCCUACUUUGUGAAGAAGUACGCCUUCAGUCCUGAAUGCCAGAUCGUCCCUUUUACAGGCGACAAUCCCGCCACCAUCCUUGCCCUGCCUCUCCGUCCCCUCGACGCCAUUGUUUCGCUCGGCACUUCAACGACCUUCCUGAUGAACACGCCCACCUACAAACCCGACGGCUCAUACCACUUCUUCAACCACCCCACAACACAGGGCCACUACAUGUUCAUGCUGUGCUAUAAAAACGGUGGACUGGCACGAGAAAAGGUGCGCGAUGAGUUACCCAAGCCAACGGACGGCAAAACCGGCUGGGAGACGUUCAACAAAGCCGUUCUGGACACACCACCUCUAGACAUUACAAAGGACAGUGACAAAGCCAAGCUCGGACUGUACUUUUAUCUACGGGAGACGGUGCCCAACAUCCGCGCCGGAACAUGGCGAUACACCUGCGACGCCAACGGCACGAACCUCCAAGAAAGCCAGCAAGAGUGGUCAAACGAGACAGACGCCCGCAUCAUUGUCGAAUCGCAAGCCCUCUCCAUGAGACUGCGGUCGCAGAAACUCGUCCACAGCCCGAGAGACCAACUCCCCGCGCAACCUCGCAGAAUCUACCUCGUCGGCGGAGGCUCCCUCAACCCCGCCAUCGCACGCGUAAUGGGCGAUGUGCUCGGCGGCGCGGACGGCGUGUACAAACUAGACGUGGGCGGGAGUGCGUGCGCGUUAGGAGGAGCGUACAAGGCGGUUUGGGCGUUGGAGCGCAAGGACGGCGAGACGUUUGACGAGGUCAUUGGGAGGCGGUGGAAGGAAGAGGGGUCUAUUGAAAAGGUUGACGCUGGAUUUAAAGACGGCACGUAUCAGACAUAUGGUCGUGUGCUGGGGGCGUUUGAAGAUCUGGAAAAGAAGAUUUUGGCAGAGGAAAAGUAG